GCGGACUCAGCAACCCUACGGGCCACCUGGGACCCAGUGUUGUUGGAGGUGUCCUGAAGCGCUCGGUUCCCUCAGCUCCUGUAGCUCUGGCGGAGUCUGCGCGAUGGGAGACCCCGAAAGGCCGGAAGAGGCCAGGCCCGAGCUGGACGAGAGGUUAUCAUCAGAUACCAAUGAAAAUGAAGCAAAAUCAAAUGAAGAACCACUCCUAAGGAAGAGUUCUCGCCGAUUUGUCAUCUUUCCAAUCCAGUACCCUGACAUUUGGAAGAUGUAUAAACAGGCACAGGCAUCCUUCUGGACAGCAGAAGAGGUUGACUUAUCAAAGGAUCUCCCUCACUGGAACAAACUUAAAUCAGAAGAAAAGUAUUUUAUCUCUCACAUCUUAGCCUUUUUUGCAGCCAGUGAUGGAAUUGUGAAUGAAAAUUUGGUGGAGCGAUUUAGUCAGGAGGUGCAGGUUCCAGAAGCUCGCUGUUUCUAUGGCUUUCAAAUUCUCAUCGAGAAUGUUCACUCAGAGAUGUACAGUUUGCUAAUAGAUACUUACAUCAGAGAUCCCAAGAAAAGGGAAUUUUUAUUUAAUGCAAUUGAAACAAUGCCAUAUGUUAAGAAAAAAGCAGACUGGGCCUUGCGAUGGAUAGCAGAUAGAAAAUCUACUUUUGGGGAAAGGGUGGUGGCUUUUGCUGCUGUCGAAGGAAUUUUCUUCUCGGGAUCCUUUGCUGCUAUAUUCUGGUUAAAGAAAAGAGGUCUUAUGCCUGGACUCACCUUUUCCAAUGAACUCAUCAGCAGAGAUGAAGGGCUUCACUGUGACUUUGCUUGCCUGAUGUUUCAAUACUUGGUAAAUAAACCUUCAGAAAAAAGAGUUAGGGAGAUCAUUGUUGAUGCUGUUAAAAUUGAGCAGGAGUUCUUAACAGAAGCCUUGCCAGUUGGCCUCAUUGGAAUGAAUUGUGUUUUGAUGAAACAGUAUAUUGAGUUUGUAGCUGACAGAUUAUUUGUGGAACUUGGAUUCUCAAAAAUUUUUCAGGCAGAAAAUCCCUUUGAUUUUAUGGAAAACAUUUCUUUAGAAGGGAAAACAAAUUUUUUUGAGAAACGAGUUUCAGAGUAUCAGCGUUUUGCAGUGAUGGCGGAAAACACAGAUAAUGUCUUCACCUUGGAUGCAGAUUUUUGAAACCCUUCCCUUACCUAAACCUGUCAUUGGUAAAUAACAGUCUAUUUUUCUCUGCUUAAAAAAAUCAAACGAAAACUUAAAAAGUAUCUCCUUGAGAAAAUAGGAGUUUGCUCAAAAGGAAAUCCCAAACUAAAUAUCAAUCAAUUUAUACGAAUGUACUAAUUUUCCAGUUUAACAAUCAGAGUAUGAUCUAAAUGCUUUUGUUUUGUUGCUAAUACAAGAUAAAGUGAUUAAGAGCUUGACGUGAGGUGUCAGUUGUGAGUUUGAGAUUCUGUCUUUACUACUUUGUGUGACACUUGGCAAGUCAAUUAAUCUCUCUUAACCUCAGUGUACUUAUCUUUAGAAUGACUGUAAUAGUAGGUCCUAAAUUCACAGAGUGGACAUGAGGGUUAAGGGACAAAAUAAGUGUGUAGUCAGUACUACCUCCACCACUACCACUGCUACUGUUACUGCCACUGGUUAUUAUUAAUAGUGUUAAUUGCAGUGAUAUUGUGAUAAAAUGUUCCCAUCUCAAAGUAAUUGUGAUUCUACAUCCUAAGAUCUAGAAUUAGAUCUUUAUAAUUUUAAUGUUUAAGGAGGGAUAUAAAGAUUUCUAAAAAUUAUAAUUCUCAUUAAUUUGAGAGUAAUUUCUUUGAAUUCCUCAGUAUGUAGUAAAGGAAAUUUAGUUCUUGGUUGCUCUGUGCAGGAAGGACACUUACGGAGUGGAAUCCAGGAGGUUAUCAUGGUAGUUGGCUUUGUGAGCAAAAUGAUUCUGUUCCUUUAGAAAUUAAAAAGGGUAACUAUUGCCAGUUAUCACCCUGGAAUGUUUAAAACCAGGUGAAUUAGCUAGGAUAGCACUUCCCAAAGAGUAUUCUAAGAGCUAUUAGCCCCUUUAGAUAUUUUGUGGGGAAAAGGGAUUCUAUGGGCAAAUGAGUUUGGGAACUAUUCCUCUUUAUAGUGUAUACUUAGUACAUCAAAGACUGAGAAAUUCUGUACUGUGUAAAUUUAUUUCCCCCUACAGCCCUGGCCAGUUUGGCUCAGCGGUUAGAAUGUUGGCCCAUGGACCAAUGAGUCGUGGGUUUGAGUCCGGACAAGGGCAUGUACCUCAG